CCGCAUUGUUUACCCAUUUGUUUAUCACUUUAACUGAUCCUAACAUUCAAUAAUUAUUAUUAUUACUGUCCAUACGAUUGGCUUAAUAUUUGAAGGAAAGGACAGACACUUAUCACUAACGAUAAGACAAUGGAUGUGAUCGGCGGUGACACUGAAGACGAGAGGGGUCGGUCUGAGGCGACCAUCAGGUUUGUGGUGAACGAUGUCAACCAAUUGGCUGGUUAUCAAUACAGUGCUGUCACACAUAUACGACACUUACCCUGGUAUAUACACAACAAC